AGGGAGGAGGCACUAUUUUAGUAUCAGGGUGAGUAUUAAAGCGAAACAUUCAUUCUUUUAAACAGUGUCUUUGUGCCUGCUUUUCACCUGCCUCUCCUCUGAGCAGAGCAAGUAAAGACGAGAAAAUAACUGUCAUGUUGCCUCAACCAAACCGGAAAGGUGACUUUUUUUUCCUGCAGCUGUGUGUGCGUGAGUGUGUGUUUGUGGCUUGUGGGGUUGUUAGGUGUGUGUAUGUCAGAGCGAGAGCAAGAGAGCGAGAGAGAGAGAGGGGCGUAGCUCAAACAGGUGUAUCCCAAACAGGUAAAGCUGCACCUUAUUUUUCCUCUGAAGGGCAAACAUGAUGGCGUGGGCUUAACAACCAUACAGGACUCUAAACUCAAAGGAUUUAACUUUUUCACAAGGACGGGGUCACACACAGUUUUCUCAUAUACGCUUUGGACUUUGGAAGGGAUCUGGUUCUCAAAGAAAACCCAUCUCCAAGGAUGAUCCGGCAGUACGAGGAAUGAGCGUGCCUCAAUGCUUCGAGCCUGCCUGUCAGUUCGGAUCGUAUUACCUGGACUUAUGAGCUUUCUUCCACUGCUGAAAUUGUCAAAAGUUGUGCACAGUUAACAGUAACACCCAGAGAGAAUGACAUCUCUGCUGAACAGACUCUCUCUGUGCCUCUUUGUCCUCCAUGUCUUUGUGACAGUGAUACAAGGAGACUUUGUGGAACCUCCUCCAAAUUAUUCCUUAACUUCCCUGAUGGACGAAAAGACCAUCCUACCCUGUCGCUAUGAGCCAGAUGCCGAGAACACAGUGGUGCAGGUCACCUGGUUUCAGGAGAAACCUGAUGGUACCAAGGAGCAGAUCAUCACCGCACAUCAUGUAAAUGGAAAAACAGCGUUCAGACCGUGGGCCGAUCGCGUGGAGUUUAAAAGCAACCAACCCACCAAGGACUCGUCUAUGGUCAUCAAGACCACAAAGAUCUCUGAUGAGGGGAAGUACACCUGCCAUGUCAGCACUUUCCCCUUUGGAAACUUUGAGGCAGAGAUGUCACUCUUUGUGCAUACUCGCCCCAUUUCCACAGUGGAGUCCUUUACUGUGGUGGAGGGACAGGAAUUCAGCCAGGUUGCUACCUGCCGCUCCGUAGCCCGACCCCUGCCUCAGCUCUCCUGGGACACCGAACUGAACGGGAAGUCAGUCAAUCGCACCUCAGACAGCGGGGAAGUCUCCUCUCACUUCUCCCUGUACCCCCUGAGGAACAUGAAUGGAACGAAGCUGGACUGCCUGGUUUGGCAUCCGACUUACUCGGAACCCCGCAGGUUAAAAAACCAGCUGAUAGUGCACUAUCCGCCGCACGCAGAGGUGUCUGGCUACAAUGGAAACUGGUAUGUGGGUCUGGAGAAUGCUGCCCUGAGUUGCGUGAGUGGAGGAAACCCCAAACCACACGUCUUCACCUGGAUCAGGAAGGAUGGAGAAUUGCCGAAAGGUGUCAUCCCACACAUGAAUGGAACGCUAGCUUUUGGGCGACCCCUUAACCUUUCAGAUGCGGGCACUUAUCAGUGUAUGGCAACAAAUGAAGUGGGAGUUGGAAAGGCAGAGGUGGAGAUUAAUGUGGAAGAAAGUCCCCCGGAUGACAGAGGCAUUGAAAACGAGAUGAUGUUCAUUGUGGGGGGCGUCGCCAUUGGGCUCCUGAUCUUGUUGCUCACCAUCGUCAUUGCUGUCACAUGUUACCACAAGCGCAAGAACAAGAAGCUAAAGAGACAGCUGACUGAGAAGAAGGAGGAAAUAAGCACUCUCUCCAGACAAGCCUCUAUCAGGAGAAUGAACUCCUCGAGUACAGACAGGAGAGCGACAGAGGAAAACAUCCCUCUGAGGGUGGAGGGAACACUGAGGAACAGCCUGUCUUCCCUUGGGGAGCAGCCUCAGUGCCGUGACAGCCGAUCAACUAUCUCAGGCAGUCGGGGAGGAGGAAUUGCGUAUGACUCUCUGGGCAGACCAGCCAUAUACAACAACUCCCGGAGGGGGAGAGAAAGGCCUCUGGACAGAGACGAGGAAAGCCGACUCAGAGUGGAGAGAUAUGUGAAAAACAGCUCUUUAUCUUUGCCAGAAACUCACUACCACCCUCCUCUCACGCAAUUGCCUCAGAGGAUGCAAACGCCCGACUUUCUGAGGUCGAUGAACGGCAGCCCCAUUGUCCCACCGGAUGUGGGGUUGCGACUGGGAAGCAUCACCAAGAAUCACCAACACCCUCCCGUGAGCAGCACCUGCCCACCCAUAAGGGACGACGAUGAUGAAGUGGAUGAAGGGCUGGGCGGUCCUGCCAGUCAAGAGCAACCUUUUGAUCAAGACAGCGAGACGAACAGCUCUCAGGUGUCUGAGGGUCACAGUCUGCCCUGCCAGCUUAGUAAUGGCCUGUUAAAAUACAAAAGGAUCCCAAGCCCCCAUCCGGUCAAUCCCCACACCUCUAUAAUCCACAAGGCCCAAAUAGUUUAACAGCUGGUGAGAAAAUAACACGUGAAACUACAGGACUGCACCGCUUUUGUGGAUGCGGUUGACUCCAAAGCAUCUUUAGGGCAUUUCUUAUUGCUGCCUGCUGUUUGGGGGAUCAGUGGCGUAUUCCCCAGAUGUUUGCAGAGCUACUGGAAACUAAAGACAAUAUCACACAUUUUCCAGUGCAGCUACUUCAGCAUCAUCACCGACGAUAUUCCUUUCUGAGCUUUCACAAUACAGCUGUUGCUCUAACCAGCUGCAGCUGACAGGUGAAUCCAGCUGCCAGAGCUUAUGAGGGGAUAUUGAAAGCACUUGCUGUGGGAAAAACCAGGAAAUACAGGAGGAGUAAACAAGGCUGUGGGAAAGUCGGCAAACUUAAAAAGGAGAUUGCAACAGCUCGGUGUUGAGGGUGGACUUCUGAUUUGGUUGUGGUGAGUGUAAGAGUAACUGCCUGUGUCACAUUCUCUUACACAACAUUGGUUGGGACCUGAUCCAGAUUUUUUUGGCUUGUUCAUCUCUGGCCACACCUUCAACCCGCAUACCUUCAUAUUGUCUUACUGUCCUGCCGCCGUAGGCACUGAGACAGUUUGGAUCAGAUGAAACCUUAAUGCCAAAACAAGAUUAAUGUCCCUUACAUGUAGUGAUCUGUAAAUCUGUACAAAUACACGAGUGAGCUCCCUUUUCUUAAAAAAAAAACAAAGAACAAAAAAACCAAACAAAAAACCCCACAAACACCUUUGAAAUAGAGCUGUAAUACUUAAAUCUGAAGUAACAAAGACACAGCAUAGUAACAAUAACAAAUAAAAUGUGCUGUCAGGUCAUACAUCCCUCUGCCUCAGUGGCCUCCUCAUUCAGAUUCUUCCACAUACACGUAGUACAUGUGUGCUACAAGCAUAUUGAUGUACACAUAUAUAAGACUAGAGAUGACAAAGCAUAUAUGAAACAUGCACACUUAAUACAUUAGAGUGCAUUUAUGUUUGAUCUGUCGAUGUUUACACACACAGUAUGAAUGUCAACAUCAAUGGAAUCUGGAAAAGCUGCCAAACAUUUGGAAAACAUAGUUAGAAUUGAUCAGAUUCUGUAAGUAUGCCUGGAUUCUCACGAAGCAGAUCGUAGAAAUGAAUAAAAAAGGUCGCCACACAUGGAAUUUCUGUACAGUUUGGAACGUUUCCUCCAAAAGAGGACCGUGUCUUUCCAAAAGGAGUCUAACAGGGACAUGUUACAGCCUUUGAUUGCAGCAUAAAAGCCAAACAUGUAUUUUUUAUCUGUGUACUUUUUUUUUUUUUUUUUAAUAUCUGUUAUGAGUAUUGGGAAAAAUGUGCCAAAGGGGAAACAUGAAAAAAAUAACAGGUUUGCUAUUCUGGCAAAUAUGAAGUAUUAUAUUGUUUGUUACAUACAUUGUAUUGUACAAUUGUAUUGUUUCCUUUUUGUUAUGUUAUCUGCUGUAAAUACGACUUUUUUCCGAUACACUUGUCUGAUGUUGCUUUAGUUGUGUAAAAAGUGUGCUGGGAGAGUUUGUGGCAAACUCAAAGUGAUGUGUGACUAUUAUCCGGCAGCACCUAACAAAUGAGAAGCCAUAAUGUCUGAAUGCAGGUUGCAUUUGCAGACAGCGCCCCCUGAUGUAUACUGCUGGAAAGUGCAGGGGCCUGACUGAGGCAACAAACUGCAGAACUAACCAACUAUGAAAAACUGCCUUCCAUUGUGAUCCAGAUGAUCUUCUUGGACAUUUGCCUGGAUUUCUAGUUAUUUGCAGAGAGCUUUGGAUGGUUAUCAGCUAGUACUGAUGGGUUGAAAUAAAUGUAUGUGGUUUUUCUAAAGGUGCAGGUGUACAGCACUUCAGUUACCCCUGUACAUUCAUUUUUUAAACUAUUUUUUAUAUUGUAGAAAAAACCGAAUGCACUGAAACUAUUACAUUUUGUAGUCUUCUUCUUCUUUCAGCUGCUCCAGUCUGUCUCUACCAACCAUCUGCAUAAUCCUCCUCUUUGGUCUUGCUCCCAAAGAACAUCUUUGCAACCUCCACCUUCUGACUUCAUCUCCAAACCAUACAUCACAGCAGGUCUCACUACCAUCUUGUAGACCUUCACCUUUUUUUUUUUUCUGCCUAUGUGCACUGUCUGAUGCUGUUGGUUUAUCACAAGUAUUUAAACCCAUCUGCCCUCAUAGCUGAAAUCACAAAUGUAUAACGCCAAUUCUUGCCUCUUCAGUCUCAGUGCUCUCACUCAGUAGUGGUUUCUUUGCAGUGUUUAAAGAAUAAAAGCCUCGUCUGUAACAGCUGA